AUGGCUAUAGACGAUGAAGUUCCGAGGAAUAGUUCUUAUGCUUUUCGUAGCCUAUUCAAAGCUGGGUGCGCUCUCAAGAAAGGUUUGUACAAAAAGCUAGGCAACGGGAAGCAAAUUAGAAUAGAUAGGGACAAAUGGCACCCGAGUAAGUUUCUCAUCCCAAAGAUGCUAGAAAAUCACGUGGAUAGAACCAAUAAUAUCAUAAUGGUUAAUGAUCUGAUAAACACUAACAAGGAAUGGAAGGCAAACAUUAUUUGGAAGAUCUUUCCACCGGAAGAAGCAAAGGAAAUUUUUGCGGUGCAUAUUCCGCACGAGGAGUGUGAGGAUGACUUGGAAUGGAGUCACACAAAAUCGGGUAGAUACUCAGUGAAAUCGGGGUAUUGGCUUCUUCAUCAAGAAGCUCAUAUACAAGACGAUAAAGCAACUUUCUGGAAAUCCUUCUGGAAGUCGGAUAUUUUCCCAAAGUGGAAACACUUCAUAUGGAAAAUCCUUAACAACACUAUACCAUCAGCAGACAACCUCAUCAAAAGACAGAUUAGAGGGAUAAAUCCAGCUUGCUGCCUAUGUAAGAAGGAAAUGGAAACAACAACGCACCUGCUCAGGGACUGUAGCAUCGCGCAAAGAAUUUGGAGCUCCUCGAUGGGCAUAGUAGCUUCACAGGGAUCUCAUUUACCGAUUCAGUCCUGGAUAAGAAACUUUUUGAACCUUCUCAAAAAGAAGAAAGGUGAACAAGCCCUCGAGAUGGAAAUAAGAUUUAUAUCUACUCUAUGGGGAAUCUGGGUGCACAGGAACGAAGUUAUCUUCAAGGAAUCGUCAGUAAAUCCAAGGAGGAUAAUAGAGAUCAUCAAUGACCAUAUCCUCAGAGCCAGCAAAGGAAAAAACUCUCUCAAGGUUAGGACUAGAGAUCAAACCAGCACCACACAAGAAGAACAGGACGCAAUGCUCAAUUGGACAAUAGGGGAUAAAAAUACGCCCAACGUGCAAACCAUCCUAGUCGACGGAGCUUGGAAGAAGAAUUCUAAAUCGAACAUGUGGCAGGCCGCAGUUGCUUGGAAGAAUGCGAAUAAAGACCCCAAAGAAGAGUAUGCUGCAAGAAUAUAUGCAAGCUCGUCAGAGCAAACGGAAGCGUACGCAAUCCUUAGAGCAAUUUCGGACAUGGAAUGGAGAAGUGCUGGGCUCAUAAUAAAAACGGAUAAUAGGGAAGUCAUUCUCGCGUUGAAAAGCAUGAACGAAACAAAUAAGAGUAUAAGUAAUAUAAUUAAGGAUAUUAAGCGAAUAGCGAAUAGUUACUUGUUUGUAAUGUGUAUUAAAGUUUCAAGGGAAGAUAUUGCUCCAGCGCAUAAUCUUGCUGUUAAAGCAAGAAAAGGCUAG